ACAGGAUAUCUCAGUGUGUGAUGGGGAGCCAAGUGAAUCGGAAAUAAAUAUGGAAAAUUAGGAACAUAGGAUGAACACUAGGAAAUCAUUGAAAUAAAAAGGAGGAACUAUGUAUAUUAAGAAACUAUAGAACAAGUGUUAGUAUUCAUUAGAAGUAAAAGGAUAAUGUCCUUAGGAAGGAAAAGAGAAACUAAAGGAUAUACCUAUUUAAAAUUAGUGUAUUGAAAGCAAAUAAAAUGUGGCACACAAACAAUUAGCCAGAAAAAAAGCGAAACAAAACAGAGGGCUUUCACAUUACUCCCACCAAAGAGGAUGUCAAGGACUUAACGGCAAGGAGACCGGAACUCAGGACCUAAAAAAGCAUCAUCAUUGAUGCACUGAAGCGUCGUGAAUAUGCGUUCCUACUACACAUCCAAGGAUAUGCGAAAAUACGGUGACUUGAGCUAUGAGAGCAAGUACCUACUGGAUCCGAAGUUUAUGACCAAGCAGGACCUGCAGCAAUACUACUGCUACUACAACAUGUCCAAGAGUCGCAGCCAGUUCAAGAAGGUGGUGGUGGUGAUCUUUUUCCUUUGCAUCUUCUCCUAUCUCUGCAUGGACUACAACCUGCGGACGAAGUUGCUCCGGUUCCGCGAUGGCUUCGAUUUCAUGGCCCGCAUCGAGGACCGAUAUGGCGGAAAUUUAAGUCGAGCCUACUUCAUAGAUACACCCGGCUGCCGGAUGCCGCACUUCGAGGUGGUCGACGACACCAUCGCCCAGUUUAUGUUUAAGCCACGGCCCUAUGAGUGCAACAAGGCUCUGCUCCGGGCGAGUGACACAGAACCCGGAGUGCUGCAUCUAAACGUGGACCAGACUGAACUCUAUGCCUUCUUUAGUACGCGGGAAAUAUCAAAGAUAAGCUGCAACUAUACGAUCGUGACGCGCGUUAAAGACUUUAAGAAUAACCACACUCUGGUUAAAAACUUCCAGCUGGCGAAAGUCGUACGCCUUCCGCCGGACACGGAGUUCCUGUGCCUGCGAUGUUUUAAUCAGCACAAACCCAUCUACAAGGACUGCCAUUUCUUCGCCGUGGAAAAGGAACCGAAGAAAGUGAUUCCUCGUGUCUCGAAGUCUGUUCCCGAGAGGGAGAACUUAAACCAGAGCAAAGGAGAGACUCCUGCCCACGAACGGGUCUCGGUGAUGAUCCUUGGCUUGGACAGCUUGUCGCACUUAAACUUUUGGCGGCAAAUGCGUCGCUCGGCCAAGUUCAUCCGGAAGAAUAUCAGCCACGUUGAAAUGUGGGGCUACAACAAGGUGGGGGACAAUACCUAUCCAAAUAUAGUGCCCUUGCUGACCGGGUUGGAUGACCAAGAGCUUAAUCUCUCCUGCUCACCAAAAAUAGCGCGGGCCUUCGAUGGCUGCUCCUUCAUUUGGAAACGCUACCAGCAACAUGGUUACCGCACGCUUUUUGCCGAGGAUGUUGCCAAGCUUUCGGCUUUUAACUAUAAUCUCUGUGGCUUCAAGAAGCAGCCCACGGACUACUAUCUACGCCCCAUUCUCAUGGAAUUGGAAGACACGUUGGCUUAUAAAAAGGAGCUCAAUAUGUACCUUUGCCUGGGCACACGGCGAACGCCGGACGUACUGCUGGAGUAUAUGCGGAAGAUGGUCCCACUGAUGAACCGCAACCUUUUCUUCUCCAUUUUCUGGACAGUGUCCAUGACUCACGACUUCUUUAACUUCCCUACGCUUCUGGAUGAAGCCCUGCUAGAUCAAUUAGUGCAAUUUCAGGAGUCCGGACUACUAAACCGGACAGUGGUGAUGCUUCUUUCAGAUCAUGGACUGAGGUGGGGAUCCUUUCGACGCACCUACCAAGGCAUGAUGGAGGAACGGCAGCCGCUAAUGAUGUUUCUGUAUCCCCCAUGGAUGAAAAAACUAUAUCCGGAAGCCAUAUCCAAUCUAAAGGCAAACGCUAGGCGCCUGAGCACUCCGUUUGAUGUCCAUGCCACCAUGUUGGACCUGCUGGAUUUGAAGAAUCUGGAGGCCAAUCAGUUGCAGCGUCGAGCCAUUGAACUGGAGGACCCAGACAUCCAGCUCCCACGUGGCAUCAGCCUCUUCCUGCCUCUGCCGAUAGAGAGGACAUGCGAACAGGCGGGCAUCGCUGCCCACUGGUGCACCUGCCACCACCGCCAAGAACUACAGACCACCGAUCCUCGGGUGCAGCGGGCAGCCCGGUAUCUGGUCCGGCUAAUCAACAAUCGGCUGAAGGCUAAAUCUCAAUGCCGGACUCUCUACUUGAAUGCCAUACUUCAGGCUCUGAUAGCGGCACCACACUCAAAGAUCGUCAAAAACAUCUCCACGGACUAUGCGGUGGACAUUACCCUGCGCCUGCAGACCAAACCCGGUCUGGGUGUCUUUGAGUCGACUGUCCGAAUGACUGGAUAUUCAACUGUGCUCACCGGCACCAUUAGCCGGCUGAAUUUGUACGGAAGCCAGAGCUACUGCCUUAACGAUCCGGCCCUCAAAAUGUUCUGUUAUUGCCACAGAUAAGGAGCCACAGAUGCGGUAUGAGGGCCUUUCCACCGGGGGAAUUGUGGAUAAAACGGUCAAAGACUUAAGAUCCGUGUUCGUAGCCUUAGUUUAUUUCUAUGAAAUAACUAGAUGUCGUAUAAAUAAUAAAUUAAUUUUAUCUUCCCAGAA